GACGUCAUCGAGGCGAGAGAGGCGGAGCCGCGGACAGUGGGCGGGAGGCUGCCAACGGUUUUGAGCGUAGGGGGAGGCGUGAGAGGGGGAUCUCAGGGGAGGAGGUCAAUCGCUUGCCCCCCACUUUGGCAAAUUGGGGACUGAGGACUGGAAGGGUGGAGAGUAGGCGGAACCAGGUGGUCGUCGGGGCAGAGGAUCUCGGGCUAGGCUUGAGGGCGGCGUGCUUCUUAGGGACGACUUAGGGCGUGACUGAGGGUUCACAAGGUUUCUUUUGGGGUGGUCGGGAGGGAGAGAUUCUAGGGAACAAGGAAGCUCGCUAUGGCUUUCUUGCCAGGAGGGGUCGAAGGGAAAGUACAAGGGAGCUGACCCUGGGUAGAACGGGUGAAGGGAUGGGGGAGCGUGAGGUUCCGCCCUCUCUUGAGACUGGAGCCAAUUGAGGGACUAGUAGGGCAGGGGGACAGAAAUUGGGCUCCUAGUGGAUUUGGGUCCGUUUGCGUUGGGAGUUUUGGGUGUGAGAGCUUAAGAGCUCAGUUGACCGGGGAUAGCCUGUGCCGGAGUUAGUUGGUCCGCAGCUUCCAGCACUCGUAGUCGGGAAGAGGAGCUUCAGCAGCGCUGUUGUCCCACAGUACGUCUUCUGUCCGCACCCGCUCUGCGCUGCACCCUCUUAACGCUGUUCCCAGGAGCUGGGGAAAGGGAUGCUUUUGCCCACUCCCAUGGCCCCUGGAACUGGUGGAAACCUUUCCUCUAACCAGAAAGCCUCGAUACCCUUAAUUCACCAAGGAUCCUUGGCGUGGAGUCUUCCUCCCUUCUCCCAAGUCUUUCUCCGUGAACUUUUCCUCCUGGACUUUGCUAAAGCAGAACCUCCCAGCUCUUUGCUGUCUCCGGUGUCUCUUCCCUGUAUUCAUGGCAACAUCAGCUGACAGCCCCAGUUCACCCCUCGGGGCGGAGGAUCUCCUGAGUGAUUCAUCAGAACCCCCUGGGCUCAACCAAGUGUCGUCUGAAGUGACCUCCCAGCUCUAUGCUUCUUUGCGCCUCAGCCGGCAGGCGGAGGCCACGGCCCGAGCCCAGCUGUAUUUACCCUCCACCUCCCCGCCUCAUGAAGGGUUAGACGGCUUAGCCCAAGAAUUGAGUCGAAGCUUGUCAGUCGGAUUGGAAAACAACUUGAAGAAAAAGGAUGGUUCUAAGCAUAUCUUUGAGAUGGAAAGUGUUCGGGGUCAGCUCCAGACCAUGCUCCAAACCUCACGUGAUACAGCCUAUCGGGAUCCUCUCAUUCCUGGCGCUGGCUCAGAGAGACGGGAAGAGGACUCCUUUGACAGUGAUAGCACAGCCACCUUGCUCAACACCCGGCCCCUGCAAGACUUGUCUCCAUCUAGCUCAGCCCAAGCCCUGGAGGAGCUGUUUCCCCGCUACACCAGCCUUCGGCCAGGGCCUCCACUCAAUCCCCCAGAUUUUCAGGGGCUGAGAGAUGCAUUGGAUUCAGAGCAUACCCGCCGCAAGACCUAUUCUGUUCUUGGGACCCAAGCUUCUUGGCUCCAGCCCACUCCCCCACUAGAGGAGCUGGAAAGUUUGGUGCUGUGGUCGUACCAAAGAUGGGCAACACCCAGACUCCUCACCCUUUUCCCCAGCAUUGUGAGCGCCAUAUUCAGAGCCUGCAGACCCGAGUGUUAGAGCUACAGCAACAAUUAGCCGUGGCUGUGGCUGCCGACCGCAAGAAAGAUACCAUGAUUGAACAACUGGACAAGACCCUGGCCCGUGUGGUGGAGGGCUGGAACCGGCAUGAGGCUGAGCGGACAGAGGUUCUCAGGGGACUUCAAGAGGAACACCAGGCAGCAGAGCUCACCAGAAGCAAGCAGCAGGAGACAGUAACCCGCCUGGAACAAAGCCUUUCCGAGGCCAUGGAGGCCCUGAAUCGUGAGCAGGAAAGUGCCAGACUGCAGCAACGGGAAAGAGAGACACUGGAGGAGGAAAGGCAAGCUCUGACUCUGAGGUUGGAGGCAGAACAGCAGCGGUGCUGUGUCCUGCAGGAAGAGCGGGAUGCAGCUCGGGCUGGGCAACUGAGUGAGCAUCGAGAGUUGGAGACUCUUCGGGCUGCCCUAGAAGAAGAACGGCAGACCUGGGCCCAGCAAGAGCACCAGCUUAAGGAACACUACCAGGCGCUGCAGGAGGAGAGCCAGGCUCAGUUGGAAAGGGAGAAGGAGAAGAGCCAGAGGGAAGCCCAGGCCGCCUGGGAGACCCAGCACCAGUUGGCAUUGGUGCAGUCUGAGGUGCGGCGGCUGGAAGGAGAGCUGGAUACAGCUCGGAGAGAGAGAGAUGCCCUGCAGCUGGAAAUGAGCUUGGUGCAGGCCCGGUAUGAAAGCCAGCGGAUCCAGCUGGAGUCGGAGCUGGCUGUGCAGCUGGAGCAGCGGGUGACAGAGCGGCUGGCGCAGGCUCAGGAGAGCAGCCUACGGCAAGCAGCCUCCCUCAGGGAACAUCACAGGAAGCAGCUGCAGGACCUGAGUGGACAGCACCAGCAGGAGCUGGCCAGUCAGCUAGCUCAGUUCAAGGUGGAAAUGGCAGAACGAGAGGAACGGCAACAGCAGGUGGCUGAGGACUACGAGCUCAGACUGGCCCGGGAGCAAGCGCGAGUGUGCGAACUGCAGAGUGGGAACCAGCAGCUGGAGGAGCAGCGGGUGGAGCUGGUGGAAAGACUGCAGGCCAUGCUGCAGGCCCACUGGGAUGAGGCCAACCAGCUGCUCAGCACCACUCUCCCGCCGCCCAACCCUCCAGCUCCUCCUGCUGGACCCUCCAGCCCUGGGCCUCAGGAGCCGGAGAAGGAGGAGAGGAGGGUCUGGACUAUGCCUCCCAUGGCCGUGGCCCUGAAGCCUGUAUUGCAGCAGAGCCGGGAAGCAAGGGACGAGCUACCUGGAGCGCCUCCUGUUCUUUGCAGUUCCUCCUCAGAUCUUAGCCUCCUGUUGGGCCCCUCUUUUCAGAGCCAGCAUUCUUUCCAGCCCCUGGAGCCCAAACCAGACCUCACUUCAUCCACAGCUGGGGCCUUCUCUGCACCUGGGGCCUUCCAUCCCGAUCAUAGGGCAGAAAGGCCAUUCCCUGAGGAAGAUCCUGGACCUGACGGGGAGGGCCUCCUAAAGCAAGGGCUGCCGCCUGCUCAGCUGGAGGGCCUCAAGAAUUUUUUGCACCAGUUGCUGGAGACAGUGCCCCAGAACAAUGAGAACCCUUCUGUCGACCUGUUGCCCCCUAAGUCUGGUCCUCUGACUGUCCCAUCUUGGGAGGAAGCCCCUCAAGUGCCACGUAUUCCACCGCCUGUCCACAAAACCAAAGUUCCCUUAGCCAUGGCAUCCAGUCUUUUCCGGGUCCCUGAGCUUCCCUCCUCCCAUUCACAAGGCAGUGGUCCCAGCAGUGGUUCCCCAGAGAGAGGUGGAGAUGGGCUUACAUUCCCAAGGCAGCUGAUGGAGGUGUCUCAACUGUUGCGACUCUACCAGGCUCGGGGCUGGGGGGCUCUGCCUGCUGAGGAUCUCCUGCUCUACCUGAAGAGGCUGGAACACAGCGGGUACAAGCCUGGGAGGAAGGAGGAAGGAUUCUCCGGCAGGACUGAUGGCCGAGGGGAUAAUGUCCCCAGAAGGAACACAGACUCGCGCUUGGGUGAGAUCCCCCGGAAAGAGAUUCCCUCCCAGGCUGUCCCUCGCCGCCUUGCUACAGCCCCCAAGACUGAAAAACCUCCCGCACGGAAGAAAAGUGGGCACCCUGCCCCGAGUAGCAUGAGGAGCCGGGGGGGAGUCUGGAGAUGAGCCCCCCUACCCUCUCUCCUCUUUGUUCUCUCGUUGUUGUUAUUUUAAUAAAUGCUCAAUAGUCUGUA